AUGAAAUUCAUUUCUACCUUUCUCACUUUUAUUUUAGCGGCCGUUUCUGUCACUGCUAGUUCCGAUGAAGAUAUCGCUCAGGUGCCAGCCGAGGCCAUUAUUGGAUACUUGGAUUUCGGAGGUGAUCAUGACAUAGCUUUUUUACCAUUCAGUAACGCUACCGCCAGUGGGCUAUUGUUUAUCAACACCACUAUUGCUGAGGCGGCUGAAAAAGAGCAAAACACCACUUUGGCGAAAAGAGAGGCUGUUGCCGACGCUUGGCACUGGUUAAAUUUGAGACCAGGCCAACCAAUGUACAAGAGAGAGGCCAACGCUGAUGCUUGGCACUGGUUGCAACUCAAGCCAGGCCAACCAAUGUACUGA